GUGGGUUUCUCGUUCUGAGCUUGCGACGCAGUGCACCCACCCAUGAGGAGCCUGCAGAAACACGGGAGAAAUCCUUGCGUGCCAUAGGAUGGUCUGACACUGCGCUGGCACAGGCAGUGCCAACUGAGAUGAACCGUGGACCUAGCCAAAGUGCCUCCACUGAGGCAAAUGCUUUUGCAGAAGGCCCCUUCUUCUUCCACAUCGGCUUUUGCAACUACACGACAUACGAGUUCUCAGUGUUGCCUUUGACGCCUGGUGAUACACACGAGGAAGCUGGCCGGACUUUGCGGGAUCUCCACGUCCCACAGACCCCACGUUUUUUGCGGGCCCCCAAUGCCUUCAGGACAUGCAUUGACUUCAAUGCAAAGUGGACAGCUGGCUGGCAUGUGAUCUUUUCGGAUGAUGCCCCACAAACAGCUUGGGACACUGUUGCAAACAAGGUUGAAGUGGAGGAGCAAUCGAUUCUGCCGGAGGUUGAGGUGUGGAAGGGAUCUGCAGAAGAGCAAAGGCGCCGAGACUUGGAGGCAUCACGAAAGCGAACCAGAAGCUCCACAGCAGCAAGGCAGCCGCGGAGUGAGCAGCCUGCUCCGAAAAGGAGGCGCCGUCGGAAAGGUCCUGGUCACGAUGGCGCUCCAGCUGUCGCAGAUGGUGGUGAACAGCCCGAUCUCGACCCCGAACUCGAGCCUUGGCAUGCUGAAGAUGCGCGAGAGCGUGAGCUUGAACAUGUGGACAAUGUCGACAGUGUUGAUCAUGAUCGCCACUCGAAUACAGACAGUGAUCAUUCAGAAGCUUUGGACCUGGCACUGGAACAGCUAGAAAAGGAAUUGCCAGCUGAUGCAGCUCCACCAGAUGCCGAGCAGGCUGCCACAGGCCGCCCGGAGACGUCCUUGGAAGAACAAAGACAGGCUCUCUUGAGCAGGUUGGAAGCGAAAGCUGCAGAAACAACGACCGCAGAUUCUGUUGCUGAUGCUGAGGCUGCUGUGGGGGCAGCCACAUCCCGUGCUGGCAGAAAGAAAACUGGCACCGAAAUCGUUGUUCCCGUCGGGCAUUAUGGAGAGCUGCAUUACUACCCGCCGAGUAACAGCUGCACAGCCAUAUGCAGAUGCAAACGCCAUGGCAAUGAUUGCAAAAAGAGCAGAACCUUCAAUGAGCUCAAGAAUCGCAGCAGCGGUAGCCGUGAUCGUGAAAGUCUUCGCUCAGGCCAAGGGAGACCCGUUGGCUUGCUGGUUCAGUGGCUCAUGUGUCAAGACAGUCACCCGGACAGACAAACACAUUGCGACACAGCUCUUCCACUCCUCUUCAGCUUGGACGAACGCAAGACAGCACGAGCGUUCUUCAGUAGCAUGCCAAAGGCGGAUGAAAUUCUUCGACGUGAGCGUGCGCAGAAGCCUGGGGAAAGCGAGGAGCCUGAGUUCAUUUAUUAA